AAUAGCGACAUGAACAACAAAAAUAAAUCAUGAAUGUCAGCAAGAAGUUUAUUGCAUCUUUAAAGUACUAUGCGAGCCUUUAAAUUUUGAAAAAUCAUACCACAUUGAAUUUUCCCGGGCUCAGCGUCAUCAGCCAUUUCGUUUAAACUUUUCUCCACGAUGCUCAACGUGACGUCAUCUAGAACGUAGAAAGUAAAUACUAGUGAAAAACACAGCGUGCCAUAAGAAACCAAAAAACAGUGUUGUGUACAUGUGGAAAAUAAUGCCGGCUACGGCCUAAUGUCGUCAAUGUAAUUCCACCCGAAGAAGUUUAAAAACUUACCCUGCAAAACAGGUCGUUGGCGAAUUUCUUGUUUUCGUCGAUUUUCGCUCAUUGUGGAUGAGAAUCCCGUAUGUCAUUUACAAACGUCCAUCUGCGUUACAACAAAGUGAAAGAUGACAACAAUGACGCUUCGCAUUUCUGGUAAAAACCCUCGAAACAAUUCAAAAUUACAUGGGGACCACAAGAAAAUACAUAUUACAGUUAAUGCGCGUUUUUUAAACGAAGCAAGAACUUUGGAGACCAACUGUUAUUGCGUGUCUGAUGAAGUUGAGAAAUUGAGUAAAGUUGAAACUGUUGAAGAACAACUUAAAAUUUUGAAACUUAUGGCUAAGAAUUGUUCCAUGAGUGAUUGUGAUAGUGAAAACAAGCUACUUCAUUUUUGCGUAAAACUGCUCACAGAUUUUUAUUUGACAGCUACUCCAAAAAAUCCUUUGAAAAAUGCAAUUCCGAGGUUGCUUUCAACGUUUCCUCAGGCUGCUCACGACGAUAUUACUGCGUACUUGUCUUAUGAACUAACAAAACUUAUGGAGUCAACACUGCAGAAUUCAUCUCCUCUAAAGGAAAUGAAUGCAGUUGUCAACACAAUCAGCUGCUGUUUUGUCAACAACUUUACAUUGGGAAUAAAAUCUGUUGGUCAUGCCAUUGUAGAUGUCAUUGCAUACAUAAAGUCUUGUCUGUCGAGAUACAUCAAAGAAUUGAAACAGAACAUUCCCAUAGCAGCCAAGCAGGAGGUGUGCCAGUUCUCGCACGCGACCAUGCAGACGCUGGUGUCGGUUUUGCAAAAGUGCCAGCCGUCCAUCAAGUCUCGGAUGUCUGCGCGCGACGACCCUGGUCAAGAGCCCGCGCCUGCCAAUGGGAUCGUCGAGAACGGCGUGGGGGAAGACGUGGCGGCGAUGUUGGCGGAGCUGCGGAAAUCGGCAGAAGAACUGUUGAACCUUGAUGACUGCCCCAUGGAUAUGAAAGCCAAUUGUGGUCUGGUUGUCGUAUUGCUGUCUAUGUAUCUGGAAGGUGAUGAGGGCUGGCAGAAGCUGCUGUCGCGAGGGGCGGCCCCCAGCGACGGCGUCCAGCUCUGCCUGUGCGUGGGCGUGCUGAACGCCCUGAGUCCGCGGCAGCUCCUGUCCGCGGUCCCGCCGUCCGGUCGCCCGGUCCUGUGGAGCGUGUUCGACCAGCUCGUCGGCGUCAGCUGCAGGGCGUCGGCUUCGUCGAGCAUGGCGCUGGCGGCGAGCCGGGCGAUGCUUCUGCUGUCGCGGGACGUGCUCGCGUGCGUGCAGGGUGGGGGCGGGGCCCCCGUCCUGCCCCUGGAGCGCCUGCGGGAGGCGCUCGUGUUCGUGUGGACCCACCUGGAGCACUACAUGGACUCCGUGCGGCACUCGGCCCACGUGACGCUGCUCAACUACGUCAGGGCCGCCGCUGCCCUCGCCAACCCGGGAGGAGACGAUGGAAAAGCAAUGAAUGCAAUAAUGGAAUCGGUGAUGAACAUCCCAGCGUUCAAGAAGUGUCGCUAUGUUGGGUUGUCUACUCUAGCCAGAGAGAUUGGUUGCCAGCCUAUAUUGGAAAGAGUCCCUAGCCUUGUUGAAGACUUUAUCUCCUCAUUAGAUGAUACAGCUGUUUCAGCCAGUGUGUCGGGGGCGUUCGAGACGCUGAUGCUGCGGCACGAGGGGGAGUGCGCGGACCCGGAUGCCUGGGUCAGCACCUGGCUGCUGCCCGCUCUGCGCCGCAUGGCGGCCCCAGCCCUCGACGGCGUCCUGUCCAAGGCGGUGGGGCGCCGCCCCGCUGUGGUGCUGCGGCUGCUGGGCGCCGACCCGGGCCGGCUGCGGGCGGUGCUGACCUGCCUCAGGGCGGGGCGCCGGCGGGGGGCCCUGUCCGCGGACGACGGGUGGAAGGGCCUGCUGCCGUGCUCCCUCCUCGAAGGGGCCCUGUGGCACAGGGACGAACAGAUACGAGUGUGUGCCCUCUCGCUGCUGGUGGAGAGCCACCGCAGCACGGAAGCCCUCUCCGGGUCAGACCUGCAGCUGGUGCGCACGUUCCUGGAGUACAACAUCAACACGCAGUCCCCGGCCACGAGACAGCAGGCCCUGGCGCUCGUCAAGAAGCUGCUGAUCCGGGUGAAGGACAGCUCCGCGGUGCUGGCCCGAGCCACUGAGCAGGCGGGGAAGGGCGACCCCCCGGCUGCUGCAUCGGCCGAGCCCUGCCCCACCGCCCAGCUCAGGACCUACAACACGUUCCUCCUGUGGCUGGUCGACUUCUGCCUGGCCAGCCUCUUCCCCGGAGCCAACUUUGGGCACAGGGGCUCGGCGCUCCAGAUACUGGUGUACAUCCAGGAGCUGGUGGGCUUCGAGCCGUCGGACCCGGUGUGGCGGCACAGCCCCCCGGACAUGUGGACGAGCAGCAACGCAGACACCUUGCUGGAGUGCCUGAAGGACACAUACGAGAACAACAAGAGCCUGGCGCUCAGCCUGCUGGUCCGGUUCCCCGCCGAGGCUCUGGGCCUGAACGACGAGGACUAUGCCGGCCUGCUGCUGGACGCCGGCUGCCAGAUGGCGUCCAGCAACCGCCCGCCCGACUGCGUGACGGCGGCGUACCUGCUGAAGCUGCUCUCGAGCUUCCCCGUCCCGGUCGCCACGCUGGCCGCUCGGGUAGGGGAGGCCCCCCGCGGCGGCGCCCUGUUCUACGUCGUCUGCCGGCUGGAGGCCCAGCUGAGCGGCGAGCUGGAGGUCGCCAGGAGGAGCAUCUCCCUGGCCGCCGCCAAGGGCCCCAUGUACGGGACCCUCUGCUGCGUCAGAUACCUCCUGAAGGACACCGACCUCAGGCGAGUCACGCCUCAUACCUCUACCUAG